UUACGUUUUUAUCCCUUUUUCCUAUCCCUUGGAAUCACUUUCGCUUUCUUAGGAUUGAACAGCCAGUUUAUCGAAUAAAGUGUGAAUUGCGUACAUGGUUUAAAAACGUUAUGCUGACAGUAAUUUUACAUUAUAACCGCUUAAAUUUGUCCUAUUAAAACUGCGCUGAUUCGCACCAAGUGUGCUGGGACGUGUACCGUUACACGCGCUUGCGUAACCCUUUAUUCCUUUAAAAGCUCACCGUGUUACACUUUUGUUGCUUCACAUGUUUGCUUUCUACUGUUUUAAUUUAUUAAUGGUUGAUUUCGGAUAACCCGGACGAUAGUUUGUUUCGCAGGCGAUUAAAAUGACUUUGCAAAAGUGCAAAAUAUGCGUUUGUGAAUAAUACUGGCUGGUAAAACAAGUAGGCUAUGCCAGAAAAAUGUUUGUUGACUGUCAUUUAAAUGUGGUUAAUUUUCUAUAAUUAAUGGUAAAAAUGCAGCAGGGGGGACUGGGUGCUGUUGCAACACCUUUUGCAUUUAUCUCAUAUCAUUCAAACAUUUAUUUGAAUGGAAGAGUCAAAUAUUGCAUCUGACCCCAACCCUGGAGUAGGCUAUUCUGAAAAUAUACACAAGUAGACUUAUUUUUUCAAUAUUUGUAUAUUGAGUGUACUGUUAUGCAAGACAUAGGUUUGAAUGUUUUCUCAGUGUGAGAAAACACUUAACUCAUAGCAAACGUAUCUCCUCUUUAUUUUGUAAUCAGCAACUUGUUGCAACCGUUCUCAACCAACAACAAGAAACCCUCUCAGAUAACAAAAUCAUAAUUUAGUCAUUUCGAAACCAUCAGUUUGCGAGGGCCUAACAUGCAGGGGUCGGCAACCUAAGGCACGCUGCCACUAUAGAUAGUCAGUCUUGAUUUCACUGACAUCUUGAAGUCGAAAAAUAAAUCGUUUUAAUAACUCCAGGUUGGUUGUCCAAACCAUUACAGUCUAUCCCUGCGUUCCAAUUCGCCUACUAAUACAAGCCCUAAUAGCAGGUACUAUUUUUGUGUUGGAAUAGCAUAGUGCGUGGCAAAAUAGAUUGCACAAACUGGGACAUACUAACAGGAACUGGAAGUGGGCGUUGUUGCCUAGAUAACAUUUAACAUGUUUACAUGGACAACAAUAAUCUGAUAUUAACACGAUUAAGACAAUACUCUGAUUAUGAAUGGACCAUGUAAACAGAGCUUUUUGAUUAGCUUUGAUUAGUCUAAACUCAUAAUCGUAGUAAACACAAAUCAAAUUAAGACGGGUGGGGUACUCUUAUUUUAGUCGCAUUAUCGAAGUGCGGUAUCGACAUGUGCACACCUUAAUCGCACUAUUACCGGCACGUAGGAACUUUCGCAGCACUUUGCGACAGGUUACACACACGCAUAGCAGUGGACAGCCGUUUCGUUUUAAGGCAAACAACAUGGCUUCAAGCAAGAAAGCACAUUUUUGGUCCAAACGGGAAACAAGAAAGAUGGCAACAAUUCUAGAAAAUAAAUGAAACACUAAAAACUGUAUGUGGUAACAUGGCGAAGACAAACUGUUUGUUGAUACGUGAAAUUAUGGAGGGAACGUCCAACGGCAUCGCUUAGGGACGUAAUGACGUAUGCCAUUAAUCGAACUAUGUAGUGUAACAUGUAAAACGGGAACAUGAAAGGUAUAUUCUUAAAGCAACUCAUGUAAACACCUUAAACGUAAUAUUAGCUUACUAAUAAUUAAAUAAUUAAGCAAAUAAUUUGAUUACUGAUGACCAUAUAAACGUGGUCAUUGAAGCAAUCUGUCACACACAUUAAAAUACAGCUCUUCUUUCCAUUAAGUAUUCAUUCAUUAUUUCGUAUGUAAUGUUUACUGUAUACUUAUAUUUGUUAAUUUAGUGACGCAUCAGUUAUGUAAUUUAUUAAUGCAGUGGAGCGUCACUAAACUCGUGGUGGGUUGUGGGUAAUAUCAGCCAUCAGAGUGUGCAUCAUUCUGCACUUCGGAAGUAGUACAACAUUCGGGAAUCUUUGGAAUACUAUUUUCAACAUACUACGAUUUGGGACAUACUAAUUCUACUUUCAAAUACUACUAGGAAGGAUAGUAUGCGCACUAUGCGGAUUGGAAUGCAGGGAGAAGUUCACCUUCAAAAUGAAAAUUCUGUCAUCAUCAGAGGGAAAUAUGAGGUGAAACAUGAAAAACUGGCCAGUGAAUCAGAGUCAAAUCCUUCAUCUGUCAAGAGGAGUUGCUUACCAAAGAUCCGUCCUUUCACUUUGUGUUUGGUUUGUGUCGUCAUAUAUAUUAGUAUGGUUGUUGUUCCAAAGAUUCAAGAAGAAAAUGGCAAAAAACUUCAAAAUCCCAAACCCAUUGGGCCAAACCACCAGAAUAAACCCUCAGAUCUGCCAAAGCCUACCACCACAAAAGAUGGUCCAAAUGGUUCCCCUCCCUCAAAAGUGUGCCGUAUUAAAGUGGAGAAUGGCCCUUUGAUUAAAGUCAAUCGUCACAAAACAUAUGUGAUUGGCUCAUAUGUGGAACAUCGUGCAACCAAGGAAAUCAAGUCAAUUGCCAUCAUGCAACGUCAUGAGCCAGUGACAUACUAUUGUGUGAUGUGCUGUGACGGGGUGAACAUCUCAACUCAAGCCAAGUAUUCAAUUCAUAGUGACCACUAUAACUUUGAUUAUGGCACUGCUGAUAUUAUGUGCAAAUUCAGUCAUACGUGUUCUGCACCAACACACGUGGCAAUUACAGCCAAUAACCUAGCUGAAAGUAUAACGUCCUUCCAAACGAUCGAAAAUCGAGUCAUUCCAAAAUCUUUGCGUUUAAACUUUACAGUCUGCAUCUCUGUUAUGUUUGACUACAACAAGGUGUUGGAUUUAAUCGAGGCUAUGGAAAUGUUCACACUGCUUGGUGUCCAAAAGGUGGUGAUCUACAAAACCAGCUGCGAUUCGGCCACACAGAAAGUUCUCGACUACUACGUGAAAAGUGGUUUUCUUGAGCUCAUCCCGUGGACCGUUGAAAAGCACAUCAAAGUGUCAAUGGGAUGGCAGAAAGAGAUAUCACCAGGGGAACUGCAUUACCACGGACAGAUUCCUGCACUCAAUGACUGUGUCUUUCGAUACAUGUAUCAAAGCCGCUAUGUGGCCUUACAAGACAUAGAUGAACUCAUUCUGCCUUUGAAUGUGAGAACCUGGACAGAAUUGUUGCCAGAGUUGGAAAAGAUGCACGGCAACGACGUAGGUUUUGAGUUUGAGAAUAACGUGUUUCCAUUCACGGCAGAAACUCAAAACAAAUAUGAGCAGGAUGCUUGGAAAAACGUACCAGGAACAAACAUUUUAAAAUAUGUUGACAGAAUACCCAACGAUCCUUAUAGGUUUAACAACAUUAAAGUUAUAGUAAAUCCUCGGCUGGUUCUCGAGGCUACUGUACAUGGCCUGCUGAAGACUGUGAACGGACAUAACACAGUCAGAGUCAGAAAUGACAUUGCACGUAUGUACCACUUGAAAAAUUGUGAAUACCCACGAGGCACGCACCUUAUAAGAGACAAACGUCUUUGGAGCUAUGCAGAUGAUUUGAUAAAAGCUGUUUCUAAAGUUUUACAGGACUGCGGAUUCACCUAGAUACCAAAACUUCAGCUCUUACAACAUAUCAUUUUGAUGCUUAAAUGAUUCUUAUGAUUAAAACGUCUGUCAAGUAAAUUAAAAACUGUACAAUAUUAAACGACAUUGCACUGUGAUAACUACUACGAACAACGCACUGCACUUGUGAUUCAUUCAAAAAUUGUAGAAUGUGAUCAUUGAUAAAAUGAAAGAUUGUAAACAGUGGAUUGAUGGAUUGUACAGGAUCUUUGGGAUGUACGCUACUGCCAUACUUUCAAGCCUUCUUUGAAUAUGCAAAUUGUCAACCAGUUGUGACUUGUGUAUACAGUAUAUUAUGAUAGUGUUUUGUGAUCGGGAAAUAUAUUAAAGUGGGCUUUUACAGGAGAACGUGAAUUGUUUACGCUUUAAGUCAUUAGUGCAAAUGUAAAACCUUUAAUUUACAAUGGAUAUUUAUUUUACAAAGAACACCUACACAAUCCAUCGAUUGAUAUACAAUUGAUAUAAAUUCAUUCUAUAGACAGUUUCAUCGGACGUACGCGCCUGACCUGAAGUUAACUUCUGGUCUG